CCCAGGAACGGCAGACUUUGGGAUAGAGUACAGAGGAAUAGAGGCAUCAGGAAAGAGCCCACAUCUUGUGCAGAGCUGCUGCUGUCAAACUGAUGAAGACAGAAACUUGUGAAAGAAAACUGCACGGAAAGUUCCUAUAAAGGAAAGGAGUGAGGUUUUGUUUGCAUGUCACUGCUCACUUAUGCCACAAACCCUGAAAGUGCUGUAAAAACAGACGAGUGUGAAAGGGAUCCAGAGGUGCACCCAUGGAAAAGACAGAUGACCAGAACUGCCAGGAUAGACAUGAAGAGGACAACCCAAAGAGCUCCCCAUUUGACUUUGUUAUAAAACAGUUCCAAGGAAAGAAGUGUGUUCCUGAAGAAAGGAAAGAGCAGCCUUCAGCCCUCAAACAAUUCUUCAAAGGCUUUGACUUUGGGAACUCUGAAGGCAAAGACAGAAGGGAAAUUGAAGAAACAGAAGUAAACAAUGCUGGAGCUGAUGAUCAGAGUGAAAAGCAAAAUCUCUCUGCAGAAGAUGGACUUUCACAUCUCACUUCUGAAGCAGAGACACCAUCUGGUGAGCAGAGAUUUAACCAGUUCAUGGAGAAACUGGGAAAGAAACCCAACAGCAAGAAUCUGGAUCUAAAUAAUUGUGCACUAAGUGCAGCAGAUAUAACAGAAUUGGCUUCUUUACUGCCGUUUCUCCCAGAGUUGGAAGAGAUCAGCCUGUCCUGGAAUGGUUGUGUUGGAGGGACUUUGAAAAUUCUCACUGUCCAUCUUCAUCAUGUGAACCUGUUAAAAGUCCUUCGACUUAACAACUGCAGGCUGACAGCUGAGGAUGUCAUCUCCUUAGGAGAAGCAUUUGAAAUUGUUUCUCAACUUGAAGAACUGGAUUUAUCGUGGAACAGCAACAUAGGUGGAAAACUAUCACUGCUGACAAAAAAACUUCAGGAAGGAUGCAAAUUAAAAUGCCUGAAAAUUACGGACUGUAACCUGACAGCAAAGGAUGGAGAAUCCCUUGCUGAACUUCUAAAUGUGAUCCCAAACCUCGAAGUAUUAGAUCUCUCUAUCAACAAAAACAUUGGCUGCAGCAUGAAGGUUAUUGCUCAGGAUCUGAAAAAUGUGCCAGGCUUGAAAGAGUUAAACUUGCACAUGUGUGGAUUAAAGCAAGACAGCCUCCAGGGCUUAGACACUGCUUUACAGCACCUUGCAGAGCUAAGGAAAUUAGACAUCUCGUGUAACAGAGAGAUUGGUGGUGGCUUUAAAGCCUCAACAGCUCAUUUGGCCAGCUUGAAAAAUCUGGAAGUCCUUGAUCUUCACCAGUGCUGUGUCACAGAAGAGGACAUGACUGUUUUGUCCCAGGUGAUACCUUUACUUUCCAGUCUUCAAGAGCUGAAUUUAUCCUCGAAUAAAAAUGUAGGACUCUCAUCAGAUCCUCUUCUGGGCAGGCUCAGGUUUUUACCGAAGCUGAGAUCUGUGACCAUCAGCAACUGUGGCUUAGGUGAAGAGUCCCUUUCAUCACUAGCUGAGGCUGCCCUUCACCUUCCUGAACUGGAGAUAUUAGACCUUUCUUGGAAUAAGUGCGUUGGUGGGAACCUAAAGCUGCUUUUGGGAGCACUAAAGCUUGCAACGGAGAUUCAAGUGUUUAGACUGAGCAGCUGUAACCUGGUGGCUGAAGAUUUGGCACUUUUAACAUCCCUGAGGCAAGAUGGCCAUUUAGCCAGGUUGCAGAAGCUGGAUUUGAGUUAUAAUAACAACAUCUCUGAUGAUGGCUGGGCUGUUUUCUGCCAAGGUUUAAGAGCAUUCAAGGAACUCUCAGAGCUGGACGUGAGCCUCCGGCCAUCGUCCUGCCGGGACUGUGGGCCAUGGUUCAGGGAGUUGUUGGCAGCACUGACACAGCUGCCAGCCUUGGCAGAGCUGGGCAUGCAAAGAUGGGCCCUUUCAGAGUCCCAGAGGAAGCAAAUUGAAGACUUUAAUCAAGACAACAAAAGAAACAUUCGUUUUGACUGUUGAUGAAGGUUGGAGGUGUUGGGAAGGCCUUUUGGGAGCAGGACAUGAACCUAGCAUUAUGUGUCUCUGCCUUAGAAGACUGAAGUUUUUAAUAAUCCCUGAAGUAGUUUCACAAUUAUAGAAAACCGUUAUUUGA